AUGACGUGGAAGACUGGUCGCGCUCCACCGGGCUAUCGGCCAUUGCCGUGGUCUGCACGAGUUUCCUUGGAUAAGUUGGCUCAAGAUGGCUAUUAUAGCCCAGAGCUUCUCAGUAGACCGGUGAGAAACGUGAAAAGGCCAAUAUUCGGAUUGAUCAACUGGGCACCUGACAAAUACAACACUCGGGCUAUGAGAAUGGCAAUUAGUAUGGUCUCUCUAGACCAUUUUGCCGAUGAAAGGGAGCAAAGAUGGUUUCUUCGCAACAGUGAAGAUUGGUUUUAUAACAUCGCUUACCUCUGUGGAAAUAUCUGGGUGCUGGAUGCAAACCAGCUUCUCCUUGCACGCAAACUUGGGAUUAUCGAGAAACUGCCUUCGCUAUCUCAGAGCUCACUGGAUGAUCGGAAUAAAGGUAAUUUGAUUGUCACAGUUCUAGCACUGGCUCAGAUAUUGUGGCUGGUCAUCCAGCUGUUUUUACGUUGGACUCAAAAUUUCCCCACAAGUCAACUUGAGAUAAUCACUCUUGCCUUUGCAAUCUGCUCGGUCAUCACAUAUAUUCUGCUGGUUGAUAAACCAAAGGAUGUUCAGACAUCAUGCACUAUGACAGCCACCAAACGCGCAUCCGCUGAAGAUUUAAUACUUAUUGCAAACGCUGGCCCAACAGCAUUUUUGUCAUAUCGUGAGAAAAUAUGGAUUCCUAGUAGCUCCAUUCAUCGAGACUCCCACAAUCGAGAUCAGACGAUGUUCCUGGGAUGCAUAUUUGCAUUGAUUGUCUUUGGCGCCACCCAUUGCUUUGCAUGGAAUUUCAAGUUUCCAACAGAUAUAGAGAAAACAUGCUGGCAUAUAAGUUCGGUUAUAACGGCUAGUGCUUUUUUACCGAUGUGGGCUCUCCUUUACAAGAUAUACACACUCCACGAGUCGCAACCAGAGGCGUCCUAUAACAGAAGACAUAAGGUAACGCAAAGAAAGAUUGGUGCAUUAUAUUUGGGCCUAGGAUUCAUCGGAUAUGUGUUUAUUUUUGCGAGGCUGUUCAUAUUGGUUGAGGCUUUCCGCUCUUUGGCUUUUCUUCCACCGGGUACUUUUUCGAAUACUGAAUCAGCUGGCAUACCACAUGUCGGUUAA